AUGUUUGCUCUAAAACAGCUGAUGGAAAGGCACAGAGAAAUGCAAGAAGGUUUGCGCAUGGUGUUCAUUGGUCUAGAAAAAACGUAUGGUAGAGUACCAAGGCAAGAGAUGUGGAGAUGUUUGAGGGAAAAGAAUGUUCCAGAAAAAUAUGUUAGGCUCCUCAAGGAAAUGUACGAGGGAACAAAGACCCAAGUUAAGAGUAAUGUGGUCACUACAGAAGGGUUCUUCGUUAAUGUUGGUUUACAUCAGGGAUCGGCCCUUAGCCCUUAUUUGUUUGACCUAAUAAUGGACGUGUUGGUGCUUAACGUGAAGUGUGAGGCUCCGUGGAGUAUGCUGUUUGCGGAUGAUAUUGUACUAUGUGAACUUUCCCAAACAAAGGCUGAGAAGAAACUGGAAGAUUGGAGGAAAGUUUUGGAAGAAAGAGAAAUGAAGAUUAGCACAACCAAAACAGCUUAUAUGACUCUGAAUGGUAGAGACGAGUGA